GGAUGAAAGAUUCGACUUCCAGACUACCUUUUUACAGUGCUUGGCAAAACAUGUGCCAAAUAUCUACUCGGCUGAAAUGGACCCCUUGCUGGAGAAGCAAGAAGAAAUGGUCCAGGCAACGAUACUUUACCCUCUUGAGUGCUAUUUGUUUGGAGAAGACCCAGAUAUCUUCCUAGAGAAAUUACAGCAGAGUGGAACCUCGCAGCUCUGUGGGAAGGUAUUCAAAGGAGGGGAGACAACGUAUUCUUGCAGAGACUGUGCAGUUGAUCCAACAUGUGUACUGUGCAUGGACUGCUUCCAGAACAGCAUUCACAAAAACCAUCGUUACAAGAUGCAUAGUUCCACUGGAGGAGGAUUUUGUGAUUGUGGGGAUACAGAGGCGUGGAAGGCAGGACCACUGUGUACUAAACACGAGCCUGGAGCAUCAGGGACUGAAAAAGAAAAUUCUGAAUGUCAGUUAAAUGAAGAGGUUAUGGAACACUCUAGGAGAGUGUUUCCUGCUGUGAUAAAAUACAUUGUAGAUAUGCUUAUAUGGGAAGAAGAAAAGGAACUGCCUCUGGAGCUCAGAAUCAGCAGAGAGAAGGCAGACAACUACUACUGUGUCCUCUUUAAUGAUGAACACCAUUCCUAUGAUCAUGUUAUCUAUAGCCUGCAAAGGGCACUUGGCUGCGAACUUGGUGAAGCCCAGCUGCAUACCACUGCCAUAGACAAAGAGGGCCGUAGAGCUGUUAAAGCAGGACAUUAUUCAUCUUGUCAGGAAGCAAAGGAGGAAAUCAAGAGGCAUUCUGAAAAUGUUUCUCAACGUCCGCUUCAUGUAGAGGUCCUGCAUGCAGAUGUUAUGGCUCACCAGAAGUUUGCCUUGCGCCUUGGUUCUUGGCUGAAUAAACUCAUGAGCUAUUCAAGUGACUUUCGGCAGAUUUUUUGUCAGAUAUGUCUCAAAGAAGAUGCUGGGUCUGAAAAGCCCUGCUUCAUAAGCAAGUUGAUACUUUGGGAUGCAAAGCUUCAUAAAGGAGCAAGAAAAGUUCUUCAUGAGCUUAUCUUCAGUAGUUUCUUCAUGGAAAUGGAAUACAAAAAACUUUUUGCUGUGGAAUUUGUGAAGUAUUACAAGUCAUUGCAAAAAGAAUAUAUCAACGAUGAUCAUGACAGAGUUCUCUCUGUGACCGCCCUCUCUGUUCAGAUGUUCACUGUACCUACUCUGGCUCGCCAUCUUAUUGAAGAGCAAAAGGUAAUCACCAUCAUUACAGAGACGCUGCUAGAAGUGCUGCCAGAGUACCUAGACAAAAAUGACAAAUUCAACUUCCAAGGUUACAGCCAGGACAAACUGAACCGGGUAUAUGCAGUAAUAUAUGACCUCAGGUAUGUCUUAAUCAGCAAACCUACAUUAUGGACAGACCGUCUGAGGGAGCGAUUUUUAGAAGGAUUUGUUUCGUUCCUGAGAAUUCUAACUUGCAUGCAGGGAAUGGAGGAGAUAAAAAGACAGAUAGGUCAGCACAUUGAGGUGGACCCAGACUGGGAAGCAGCCAUUGCUAUACAGAUGCAGCUAAAGAAUAUUCUUUUGAUGUUCCAGGAAUGGUGUGCCUGUGAUGAGGAAUUAUUGCUGAGAGCCUAUAAAGAAUGUCACAAAGCUGUGAUGAGGUGCAGUACAAACGGCCGCUCACGGGAGAAGACAGUGUUUCACAUGUGUGGCCAUACUUUGGAGAGUAGACCUUACAGAGUGUCUACAGAUCCUGUCAGCAUACAUUUACCACUGUCUAGGACUCUUGCAGGUCUUCAUGUACGAUUAAGCAAGACUGGAACCAUCUCAAGAUUGCAUGAAUUUGUUUCCCCUGAAGAAUUCCAAGUGGACCUGCUAGUAGAAUACCCUUUGCGAUGCCUUGUCCUAGUAGCACAGGUGGCGGCAGAGAUGUGGAGGAGAAAUGGGCUCUCCCUCAUAAGCCAGGUAUUCUAUUACCAAGAUGUUAAAUGCAGAGAAGAAAUGUAUGAUAAAGAUAUCAUCAUGCUUCAGAUUGGUGCUUCUCUUAUGGAUCCAAAUCAUUUCCUCUUGCUGAUGCUGCAGAGAUAUGAGCUUGUUGAUGCUUUCAAGAAGAUGAAGCCGACCAAAGAUCAGGAUUUGAUCAAGCAAUACAAUGUAUUGAUAGAAGAGAUGUUACAGAUUCUCAUCUGUGUUGUGGGGGAAAGAUAUGUGCCUGGAGUGAGUAAUGUAACGAAGGAAGAUGUUAUCAUGAGAGAAAUCAUCCAUCUGCUGUGUAUUGAACCAAUGGCUCACAGUGCAAUUACCAAGUCCUUGCCUGAAAAUGAGAACAAUGAAACCGGCUUGGAGAGUGUGAUUGAUAAAGUUGCUACAUUUAAGAAACCAGGUGUAUCUGGCCAUGGAGUUUAUGAACUGAAAGAUGAAUGCCUGAAAGAGUUCAAUAUGUUCUUUUAUCACUAUACUAAGACCCAGCACAGCAAGGCUGAGCAUACGCAGAAAAAAAGAAGAAAACAAGAAAACAGAGACGAAGCAUUGCCACCACCACCCCCUCCAGAGUUCAGUCCUGCAUUCAGCAACGUGGUGAGGCUUCUGAACUGCGAUGUUAUGAUGCACAUACUGCGGACCAUCCUCCAGAGAGCAGUAGAACUGGAAACCCACUUGUGGACAGAAGCAAUGAUCCAAAUGGUGCUUCAUCUCCUUUCCCUAGGAUUAUUAGAAGAGAAGCAGCAGUUACAAAAGUCUCCAGAAGAAGAAGUAACCUUUGAUUUUUACCACAAAGCAACAAGAAUGGGAAGCUCAGCCUUGAAUGCUGUGAAUGUAUUAAUGCUUCUGGAGAAAUUAAGAAGAGUUCCUCAAUUAGAAGCACAGAAGGACACAGUCAUUUGGAUCCUGCAGAUGUUUGACACAGUGAAAAGAUUGAGAGAAAAAUCGAGUUUGGCAACAGUAACAGCUACAUCAGGCUCAGAAGUUACAAAAGGUGAUGAGACACAGAGCACUCAGGACAAAGAGAAAGCUGAGCGGAAGAGAAAGGCAGAAGCAGCCAGGUUGCAUCGUCAGAAGAUAAUGGCCCAGAUGUCUGCUCUGCAGAGGAAUUUCAUUGAAACCCACAAGCUCCUGUAUGAAAAUACCCUAGAGACUCAGGGAAAAGAAGAUGCUAUCAUGGAGGAAGAAAGCAUGUCUUUGGCAAUAGAUCACUCCAGAAUUGCUUUGGGUCCCAAACGAGGUCCGUCUGUUGCUGAGAAAGAAGUUCUGACAUGUAUUCUUUGUCAGGAGGAGCAGGAAGUAAAGCUGGAAAGUGCUGCCAUGGUUUUAUCUGCCUGUGUCCAGAAAUCAACUGCCUUAACUCAAAAUAGGAGCAGAAUUCUGGAACUCUCAGGGG